AUGGACGCUGGCAAUAAGGACAUAAACAGCCCUCCACUUAACUUGGACAUUCGUUCCUGGGCACAUGAACUUAAAGAGUCCCAUACAAGUUUUCAAACCACCCCUGGAAAGUGGUUAAACGCCGUGGCGAGGCUUGCAUCCUUAUUUUCUAAAUCGUCAGAAAAUAAAAUUGGUGGCAUAAUAGAACUUGCUAAAUCAAUCGGAGACGAAGGUUUUGUGGAUGUGGCUGUUGAGGAUGUUCAAGAUUUAUUAGUGGAAGAAAAAGUUGACGAAGCGGAUUUGAUGGAAAUGACAUCCGAAGCUGAAGGCCAAAGCUUAGCUGAAAAUCUCGAGUCAUUUUUCUUGAAUGCAGACCCUUCCGCUGAAAGAAACCGAAAAUUCAAAAGGGAGCUGCAAAACUGUCUAGCUCCAUACCGAGAAAUUUACAAUUACCUGGUAAGAACCAGCAAGCAAAUAUACGCACUUAGCGUACCACCCGUGGCGGGUUUCGAGCCAGACUUCGUUCGCCGGUUGGAGAACAUAACGAUCUCGCAGGGUCGAGACGCAACCUUCACCUGCGUGGUGAGCAACCUCGGUGGAUACCGGGUGAGUCCUUCCUCCUCCGCGAGCGGAGAUCACUCUGGCGGCGCCAAGACCCGGGUGGCGUGGAUCAAAGCGGACACCAAGGCGGUCCUGGCGAUUGACGAGCACGUGAUCACGAACAACGCGCGUUUAUCAGUAACACACAGCGACUACAACACGUGGACGUUGAACAUCCGUGGGGUACGCCGGGAGGAUCGAGGCAUUUAUAUGUGUCAGGUCAACACGAAUCCUAUGAAGAGUCAGAGCGCGUUUCUGGAAGUGGUGAUACCGCCGGACAUAAUAUCCGAAGAGACCUCGAACGACCUAAUGGUACCUGAGGGUGGAUCCGCGAAGCUGGUAUGCAAGGCUCGCGGCUUUCCAAAACCUGAGAUCUCAUGGAAGCGAGAAGAUGGCGUCGAGAUUAUUUCCCGUGUCGGAGCGUCCGGCAGUAAAACGAAAAUAGCAAGCGUCGUGGGUGAAACGCUGACUCUGUCGAAAGUAAGCAGAAGCGAGAUGGGCACCUACCUGUGCAUCGCGAGUAACGGAGUACCACCAUCAGUCAGCAAACGGAUGACGCUGCACGUGCACUUUCACCCGAUGGUCCAGGUACCGAACCAACUCGUCGGUGCACCAACUGGAACCAACGUUACGCUGAUCUGCCUCGUUGAGGCAUCCCCAAAGGCCAUUCAUUUCUGGACACGCGAAACAGGCGAGAUGAUAAUUAGCAACCAUAAGUACGCAGCGUCAGACAUCGAGACAUCCGUGUACGGUGUCCAGAUGCGACUGGUGAUCAUGAAUCUGCAGAAGCAGGAUCUCGGUGGUUACAAGUGCAUCUCGAAGAACUCGAUCGGCGACGCAGAGGGAACCAUUCGACUUUACGACAUGGAUCUACCAAAACACUCGAGGAAGCCUGGCGAUCGGAGAGGGGACGACGACAUGAACGAAGCGAUCAACGAUCCAGAUCACAGACUGAAUCACGUGUACCAAGGUUCUUUGCGGGAAACCGGCUCGACCUUGGAACCAUACUUCGACGACGACGACGUAUACUCGUCCACGUCCUCGAACAAUAUUCUACCACCCGCCUCUUGUAUCCUUCUCAUAGCAUUCUCCCAUAUGCUCGCUUUCACGUAA